GUUCUUAAUAUAAUUAGUGUUAUUUUGUUAAUGUUAUUAAACACAAUGAGUUAAGUUAACGUCCGCUGAACUACUAAAAUUGGCUGAAGAAUCCGAUUCAGAUGAAGAAGUUUUUAUUGCAUCUGAUGAUGAAAGCUACGUUCCACAAGCAAAUGCUGAGGAGUCCGACAUUGAAGAUGGAUUUAUUAUAGAACAGGCAGACGAGUACGACUAAGACGAGCAUAUAAAGAAUAAACCUCAAUCUUCAAGCAACAUUUUGAUAUCCAAGGAUGGAACUGAAUGGAGUAAGGAUCCAAUGCGCAGUGCUCAAACAAAACCUCGCAAUCUUCUACGACAAAAAGUCGAUCAGCAUGAGUAAGAAGUUGGCCAUUGUAGGAGCCGGUGCAAUCGGACUAACGACUGCAUUGGCAAUUCAAAGAAAAUUUCCCAAUAUAGACAUUACAAUUUUCACGAAAGAAGUGAGUCCUCACACGACGAGUGACGUUGCAGCCGGACUGUGGGGACCGGUCUACUUGAGAGAUACUCCGGAUGAUAAAAUUGCUUAUUGGUCCCAGGAAACAUAUGAGCAAUUGUUAACAUGGUGGAAGCAGGGUGGAAAAAAGGAGAUUAUCCUCCACGCUUUUAGACGGUUUUUCGCAAAUAACUCAAAUUGUAAAGCAAGGAAAUAUGGCGUAUGUUUAAUGCCAUCAGUAAUGUUAACAGACAAAUCAGACUUUAAACUUCCAAAGUGGUUGGACUCUACGUUAGGCUACUAUAUUCUUCCCAAGGACGAACUAGCUAAGAUAAGUAACCGUAUAGAUGUAAAGUUAACAGCUGGAGUAAGUUUUAUCUCUUUCUCUUGGGAAGGUGGUCUCUUCCUUCGAACGCUGCAAAAACAAUUUACUGAAAAUGGAGGAAAGAUCGUUAUUCAGGCCGUUAAAAAAUUGCAAGAAUUAAAAGAUUUUGAUGUUAUUAUUAACUGUGCAGGACUUGGGGCUGGAGAAAUAGUUGGUGACCAGGAAAUGAUACCAAUUCGAGGACAAGUCAGGAAAGUCGAAGCACCUUGGAUAUAUGAAUCUUGUGUGUUAGACGUCAAACCUAAGGUAGCUUAUAUAAUUCCUAACACACACCAAUUGACAUUGGGAGGCACGGCCAACUACGAUGUACAUGACACUACUAUUAGCGAGACUGAUAAAAUUAAUAUUGUCAGAGAUUGUAACCAAUUAGAUCGCUCCCUAAAAUCAGCCAAAACUCUGAGAGAUGUCGUUGGAUUAAGACCGGGAAGAAGCCAAGUCCGAGUAGAUAUCGAAACUGUGCCACACGGUGAUAAAGAGUUAACAGUAAUUCACAAUUACGGACAUGGCGGUGCUGGAAUCACCUUAUCAUUAGGAUGCGCUGAAGAGGCUUCUAACCUAUUGCAGAAAAUUCUUACCAAAAGUAAACUCUAAAACCGAAAUUAAAAUAAAUGUUCCUAGUUUUUC